ACACGUCCUGCUAGAUGAAGAGAUUAAACGUCCUCUGCAAUGCACCGUAACAUAUCACACGGAGCGAGGAUUAAAAAAUGACAGAUGGGGAAAUUCCCCUAUCAGAAACAUGAACCGGAUUACGCACAUGGUUAAUCCAUGGUUUAUUUAUUUCACCGUCUUUUUAUUUGACCAUCUUUCCUGUUUUCCGUAGAAAUCAUCGAGUGGCUACGUAGCCUUCAUUGCUCCGCCUUUGGCUCCUCGAUUACCGCAGUUCGUCUGAAACAUUGCGGAGGACACCCCUGCAUGGGGCAGUCUGCAAAACAAAGUAACUGGAAACCCAUUUUUCAUCGCGAGCGCGGCGAGCUCACAUCUGGAUGUUUAGCAGGGUUUAUGGAUGAAUUGCGAUAUGUAUUACUAAUCAGAUCCUGACUGCAGUGCGACUCGUCUCGGCUGCUGCUUCCAGAUUAGCCCCACAAUGUAUCAAACGUUACGGACGUGUUUACUAUCAAAUGCCCGGUGCUGGGAUGCCGACAGCACGAGGUCAUGCCAGGAUUUGUUUGAGAGACUUGAUACCAAUAAAGAUGGGAAGGUGGACGUCGCUGAAUUACGAGCGGGCCUCAAGGAAAUGGGCAUAUUCCGCCAGGGUGCCGCACAGAAAAUUGUGUCGUCUGGUGAUCAGAACAAAGAUGGGAGUCUGGACUUAAACGAGUUCAGCAAAUAUAUGAAAGAGCACGAGAAGAAGCUGCUGCUGACAUUCAAGAGUCUGGACAGAAACAACGAUGGACGCAUUGAUGCCUCAGAGAUCCAGCAGUCCCUUGCAGAGCUGGGCAUGGAUAUCAGCAAAGAGAAUGCCCUGAAAAUAUUACAGAGUAUGGACAAUGAUGGGACCAUGACAGUGGACUGGAACGAGUGGAGAGAACAUUUCCUGUUAUGCCCUGCUCACAACCUGGAAGAGAUCAUACGCUACUGGAAACACUCCUCGGUGCUGGACAUAGGUGACAGUCUUGCCAUCCCGGAUGAAUUCACUGAGGAGGAGAAGAACUCAGGUCGCUGGUGGAAGCACCUGACUGCAGGUGCAGUGGCGGGGGCUGUCUCUCGCACUGGCACUGCCCCUCUGGACAGAAUGAAAGUCUUCAUGCAGGUUCAUUCUUCUAAGACUAACCCAAUAAGCCUGGGAGGGGGCUUCAAGCAGAUGAUCGUAGAGGGAGGUCUGACUUCACUGUGGAGGGGAAAUGGCAUCAACGUUUUAAAGAUUGCACCUGAGACAGCAAUCAAAUUCAUGGCAUACGAACAAUAUAAAAAGUUAUUAUCAUCAGAGGGCAAGACGAUUGAGACACACAAGAGGUUUAUGGCUGGCUCUCUGGCUGGAGCCACAGCACAGACAGCCAUCUACCCAAUGGAGGUAUUGAAGACUAGACUGACCCUGAGGAAAACUGGCCAGUAUUCAGGAAUGUUUGAUUGUGCCAAGAAGAUCCUGAGGAAGGAGGGUGUCAAGGCUUUCUACAAGGGCUACGUUCCAAACUUAGUGGGCAUCAUUCCCUACGCUGGGAUAGACCUUGCUGUUUAUGAGACUCUGAAGAACACGUGGCUGUCGUACCACCCUGACUCCCCUAACCCUGGAGUUCUGGUGUUGGUGGCCUGCGGGACCAUGUCUAGUACCUGUGGCCAGCUGGCCAGCUAUCCACUCGCACUUGUGCGCACACGGAUGCAGGCACAAGCGUCCCUGGAUGCAUCAGACCAGUCCUCUAUGACCAGUCUGAUGAAGAAGGUUGUAGCCAAAGAUGGCUUUUUCGGACUCUACCGGGGCAUCCUGCCAAACUUCAUGAAAGUCAUUCCCGCUGUCAGCAUUAGCUAUGUGGUUUACGAGUACAUGAAGACUGGCUUAGGAAUUUCCAAAUGAUACAGCAAGCAAAUGAACAUUUACUUGUAUUACAUAUCUUACUACAGACUUGAAAAUGCCUGAAAUAAUUCCCAAGAAAACAGGCAGACAUUAAACAUACAGAGCAUGACUUCCGCCAGCUGGCACAGGAGUUCAGUGGAUGGAAAACUGUAUGUAUUCCACUAAAGGUCAUCUGUCAGUAGCUAAAGCAUUUAUCGUCCGUGCUGAGCAUGCUUUAAUUGUUAUCCUGCUGUUAUACAUAACACACUCCCAAAAUAUGUACACCACCCAAAACAUUAUUAGACAUAAAGAAAGUACUGUACUACAUACAAGCAAAAACAUGAUACAUGAUUGGUUGUUAAAUUUAUCCUACUGUUAUUCUUUAAAAAAUUCUGUUAACGAACCAAAAAGCUAGCUCAAUGGGACAUACUGUUUUGCUUUUUGGUAACAGGAUACAUAUUUUUUAAGAGAAAGCUGAAGCUUAUCCAAUGAGGAUACACAGCAUCGUAAACUGUCUUAUUUAAAGUAAAAUGACACUACAACAGUUUAAAUGUUUAAGCCCACACCCUUCAGAGGUAAUUUAACACUUUUCUAAGUUGUAAUGACCUGCCACUAGUAUGACAUCAGCUCCAGACAGCAGCUGUCAACCAAAAAUAACUGGCCCUGAAAAAUUAAUAACUUGUUUACACUGGAAUGCUGUGUGCCUGAAGAAAAAUGCAUCUUGUGCAAUGUGAAAAUCACUCAUUCUGUGUGUUAUUUGAUAAUCAUUUAAAUGUGCCUUACAGCCAAUCAAUGUGAACUCUUUAACAUCAA